AGCUUCCUUCCACCACUGUCAUUCUUGGCCCGAUAUUCACGAUGGCGGGGCUCAAGACUGUCAUAUUGUUAUCAUUCGUGCUUGCUGUUGGAUUCCUGUUGAUUAUACUCUCAUGUGCACUAUGGGCGAACUGGUUGCCCUUGUUAGUUGCAUUGACAUUCGUGCUUGCACCUCUGCCAAAUGCCUUGUUUGCCCACUGCGGAGGAGACGAGUUUUCUGCGAGUGACAAUGCCACGGGUCCCGUGGACCUUGGCCGCUUCCUUACUUCGAUUGUUGUUGUCACUGGAUUUGCGCUCCCCGUCGUCCUUACUCAUUCAGAGGUUGUGAGACCGGGCGCUUGUGUAAUGUCCAUCAUCGGUGGAGGGCUGGUGUAUGGGACUAUAUUGGCGUACUCAGCGGCGUUCAGACAAGAUGAUGAAUUUGACUGAGUGUUUGUACGUCUACAAUUGAAUGUUGCAUUACAUGAAUCUAUCUAUAUCAUUGACUUGAAUG